AUGCUUUGGAUAUACCUAGCAAUAAUAGCAAUAGCUUUGCUCUACUAUUUUACAGUAAAACCCUUAAAAUACUGGACAAAAUUGGGGGUAAAACAAGGAAACCCCAUCCCACUUUUCGGAGACAGCUGGGGUAUGUUGUGGAAGAAACAAAGUAUGGCUGAUUACGUACAAUAUAUCUAUGACCAAGUGCCGAACGUCAGGUACUCAGGGUGUUACCAGUUUAGUCUACCUAAUUUACUUGUAAAAGACCCUGAAUUGAUCAAACAGAUUACUGUCAAAGAUUUCGACCAUUUUGUUGAUCAUAGGGUUUUAAUACCAGAGGAGGUUGAUCCUUUACUGGGAAAGAAUCUUUUUUCAUUGACAGGUCAAAGAUGGAGGGAUAUGAGGGCCACUUUAUCCCCCUCUUUCACCAGUAGCAAAAUGAAGUUUAUGUUUAGCUUGAUGGCAGACGCCGCCCAUGAUUUUGUGCAACAUUUUAAAAACAAAAAUGAAAAAAUUGUCACUGUCGAAAUGAAGGAUACUUUUACCAGAUACACGAACGAUGUCAUUGCCACGACCGCUUUUGGCAUUAAAGUCGAUUCUCUGGAAAAUAGAGACAAUGAGUUUUACCUUAUGGGUAAAGAAGCCACUGAUUUUUCUGGAGUUAUCAAGAAUUUGAAGUUUUUUGGGUACAUGAUUGUGCCAUGGCUAUUUAAGAUAUUCUCUGUAAGUCUCUUCGGUAAAGAAUUAAGCCGGUUUUUCCGUGGUCUCAUCACCGAUACCAUUCGCACUCGUGAAGAAAAACACAUCGUUCGUAAUGACAUGAUAAAUUUGCUUAUGGAAGCCCGUAAAGGCAGCAUCAAUAAACAAGAUGAUGAAACAACUUCAGUAGACACAGGAUUUGCUACAGUUGAAGAAUCGGAAGUCGGAAAAGCAAAGGUUCAAAAACAUUUAACUGACGAAGAUAUCACCGCACAAGCUUUGAUUUUCUUUUUUGCCGGUUUUGAUACAGUUGCUAGUAUAAUGUGCUUCAUGGCCUACGAGUUGGGAGUAAGUCAGGAGAUACAGGACAGAUUAAGGGAGGAAAUCGAGCAUACGAUGAAGGAAAAUAAAGGAAAGUUAACUUACGAGAGCUUGUUGAAGAUGAAGUAUAUGGAUAUGGUAGUCACAGAAACCCUGAGAAAGUGGCCAGUAGCCAUUGGUUCUGACAGAAUCUGCACAAAACCUUACACAAUCGAACCAAAAACCCCGGAAGAGAAACCUGUAUUACUGGAGAAAAACACAGUGAUUUCGUUGCCUAUUUUCGCCAUCCAUAGGGACCCCAAAUUCUACCCGGAACCGGAAAAGUUCGAUCCAGAGAGAUUCAGUGAUAAGAAUAAGGAUAAAAUUGUGCCUUACACAUAUCUGCCAUUCGGUGCUGGACCCAGAAAUUGCAUUGGGUCGAGAUUUGCUAUUUUGGAAAUUAAAGUUUUGUUCUACCACAUUUUGUCCAACUUUAAAAUUGUUCCUGUGGAAAAAACUACCAUACCUUUAAAGUUAAGCAAGAAGACUUUCAACCUUAUGUCUGAUGGAGGUUUUUGGUUUGGUUUGGAAAGACUGGAGAGGGGUAGAUGA